AUGUCAACAGACCCCAACGCCGUGGCCGAUCUGGUCCUGCGCCAGUUCCGAGAACUACCGGCCAAGAGGAAGCCCGCAGUCAGAGACAACGGCCUGCACGAAUGGGUUCCCCUAAGCGGCAUCGUCGCUGAACAAGAUGGCGUCUUGACAUGUCUCUCUCUUGCGACAGGCAUGAAGUGCCUACCCGCCUCCAAACUCCCCCAGGCAAAAGGCAACGCCCUCCACGACUGGCACGCCGAAGUCCUCGCCAUCCGCGCCUUCAACAGGCACCUCCUGGACGAGUGCCGCCGCCUCCUGAACGCGCCAGAGAACCACCCCGACUCUUCACUCCUCCGACGCAGGGCGCCGCGCGAGGUAUCCCCCGACGCCCCGCAGCCCUUCACGCUCAGAGACGACGUGAGGCUGCACAUGUACUGCUCCGAAGCGCCCUGCGGCGACGCGAGCAUGGAGCUCACGAUGGCGGCGCAGGAGGACGCGUCGCCCUGGGAGAUCCCCUCCGCGUCGUCGACCCCCGACGCCGGCGGUGCCGAGACGCUCCCCGGACGGGCGUACUUCUCCCAGCUCGGCGUCGUCCGGCGGAAGCCGGCGCGCGGCGACGCCCCGCCUACCAUGUCCAAAUCGUGCUCGGACAAGAUCGCGCUGAAGCAGUGUACCUCGCUGCUGUCCUCGCUGACGUCUUUGCUGGUGUACCCCGGCAACGCGUACAUUUCGUCACUCGUGCUCCCGGAGUCGCAGUAUUCUGCCGCGGGAUGCGAGAGGGCGUUUUCCUCGCGGGGGCGGGGGCGGAUGAGGGCGCUUGAUGGGCGGGAGUGGAGGGGGGGAUACAGGUUUUGUCAGUUUGAGGUGCGGACUACGGAUCGGGAGUUUGAGUUCUCCAGGAGGAGCGUGAAGGGGAGGGCGGAGAAGAUCGCGGCUAGUAAUAUGGCUGCGGUUUGGACUGCCGGCGGGGUGGACGAGGGGACUAUGGGAGGUGUUUUGCAGGGCAGGAAGGCGUUUGAUGCUAGGGGCGCCAGUGCGGUUUCUCGGCGAAGGAUGUGGGAGUCUGUCAAGGGUAUUGUUGGUGAUCUCGAGGACGGGGUGGGUUUGCGGGAGAGUCUGGAGGUUUCGACGUAUGCCGAGGUCAAAGGGAGCGAGGCUCUCUCGGCUCGACGUGAGGUCAAGAGAGAUGCGAGAACAGAAGCAUUAGCUGGGUGGGUUGCCAAUGUUGGCGAUGACGACUUCAGGCUCACAUAG